GCAAUCACCCUUCACAGUGAUCUGCAUGCUCUCUCUCAUGGGCUGCCAGGAAGGAUGAUGGUCCUGCUGGUUGCAAUGCUGUGUCUAUUAGGCGUAUGAGGAGCCUGCAGAUUUGUACACUAGAGAAGGAAAAGUGUAUGUGACCUGUAUUACUAGGGAUCUGAUGAGGAUGGUGCAGUCUCAUACUGCUGAGUAAAGGAGAGUUUGCAUAUCUGUGAGAACUGAUGAGAACUUGGAGGAGGCGGCUCUCUUUUUACAGAGGAGGAAGAAAGAUCGUGCAGAUUUAAGUAACUGAGGAGCUACCUGAUCUGGAUAUUUAGCUGAGGAUGAAACAACCCUAUUGAGAAUGAGCGGUUUAGAUAGAACUGAAUGAAUAAGCAGACGUGUAAACAGAGGAUAUUCAGAUGCUUAUAGUGUGGGCUACUGAAUAGGAAGAAGCUACAAGACACAAACAACAAUGCUGGACCGGUACUAGUGAGGUUCACUUGUGAGAAGGCUCGUGUUUGGGGGGGGGGGCAGGAUCCACUCCUGAAUCCGCCUUGGAGUGAGCGCAUGGGUGUCUGGCACCCGGGGUGUGGAUGCAUCAUACAAUCCAUUGUCCCAAGGAGCGGAUGCAGAGAAGACGCCAGCAGUUCCAGACCCCAGCCCAUCUGAUUGAGUUAUGCAUCAAGAGUGACGUCAUCCUUCAUGGCCAUUGGAGUUCCUGCAGUGCGAUAGGAGGUUACAGUCGGGACACCGCUCUGGAGGCUGGUUAAGCAAUUUCUUAGCCCAUGUGGAGCGAGGAGGACAGGACAAUUCCGGCUUUUCAGAUAUUUUACUACCCCAUCCUGUAAACCAUGAUCUGUUUUUACUUUGUUCUGUGAGCUAUCAACUCUUUAUCCAAUGUGGCAAUGUCGUUUGUUGCAGAAGAAGAUAUGGAUAUUGCUGAAUGGCUCGCAGCUAUCCAUCUGGAAAGAUACAAAGAUAACUUCAAACAGCAUGGUUAUAAAAGAGUUAAAGACAUCCUAUUAUUCGAUAAUCAGCUACUUCAGCAAAUUGGUGUCAAUGCCACCGGCCAUAGGAAACGAAUAAUAAGUCGCUUGCAAAACAAGUCGGGAGAAUUUGGGCAACCAUCUGGCUCAGAUCUAAUAGAAAGUGAGGAUUCCCAGCAGGUUUCAGAGAGAGACAAUGAUAUUAAUAAUAAGACUGUAUCACAAGCAACAACAGAGGAAAUUGUGAUCCGCUCUGGUUUACAAAACUCUAUUUAUAAAGUUCAAUGUGAACCAAAUACAAGGCCAGUGCCAAAACCAAGAACUGUAUUUAACAAGACAUCUACAAUUGUGAAUAAAGAGCCUCUAGGUUUGCAGGCUACAGUAUCACUGUCAUCUAGCUUAGAAAAUCAUGCAACUGCAUCGGGUAACAAUGUUUUACAGGAAUGUCCUGUUUCAAGAGGAAAUAGCUUUGAGAAUGAAGACUGCAACUCCUGUGUAGGCCCUCAGCCAGAAAGGGUGGAGUUGGAGGUUGGAGAGUCAAAACAUUCUUCCGCUGGGGCUGGAAAACCAUUUCAUCCAACUCCAUUGCUCCUUUUGCUUCAGAACAAAGUAACUUCUCAGCCUGGCACAUCAAUUCACAGAAACUUGCAGAAGAUGGAUGUAAAUACCAUGCAGGGGCCUCCAUUAUCGCCUUUGCUUUCCUUAACAGUAAAUGGGGAGGAAAUACCUUCCCAGUCAAACAGCCCUCCUCCUCAGGAAAUGCUAACAAUGAUUAACAAUGAAAUCUAUUCCGGGCUUGGUGCUAGGACUUCAUCUAUCAGCUUUCCUACAGGCACAGAAAGUCAGAAGAACAAUUUAAAUCUGAAGCCACCUGAUAUGAUAAAGCAAGAAGCAACCCCAGCACCAGAAAGAUUAAACAACACAGGUUCUUCUGAACAGGACGUUCCUUUGGUUCCUGAAAGACCAACCUCAAGUCUAGUAACGCAAGACAUCAAUCCAUAUUGUGAGACAGUGUUUAACCGGAGUCCUCAACCACAAGAAACCAAGGAUGGUAAGAGUACUAAAAUCCGGACAUGCUCUACAAUGCCGAUGUUUACUCCUGGAGAAGACAGGCUUCAACUCAGAAAUAGCGGAGAUGGAGCCAAGGAACGGAAGAGCGAAAGUGAAGAUAGAAAAUCACAAAGGUUCAGCCAAAUUGUUCACAAUGAUGAGCAGGAGGGUUAUGCUACAGUCGAUGCUCCGCCAACUAAUAAUAAUAGGUUUAGCCUUCCUACUAACUUAUACAAAGAUGAAAUCCUAGAUGACCUCACUAUCUCGCCAUACGCCAGCUUCACCUCCCUCUCAGAUCGAUCGCGGCCAGUAAUGACUGGCUGGCUGGAUAAGCUUUCGCCACAAGGAAGAGGAACAUCAGAGCUGAUCCAGAGCUGUCUGACCACAAGAAACGAUCUUGUUCCCGGAAAAUGUGCAGCAUGUUUGUGCUUCCCAAAUGCCUUCUCUAUAAUAAAUUAUGUUUUCCAGAGAAGAUUUAUCAGAUUUGAUGGACAGAACUUAAUGUAUUUUGCCAAUGAUAAGGAACUGUACCCUAAAGGAGUGAUACCGCUAACAUCUAUUGAAAUGGCUCGCUUAACCAAGGAUAAUAAGUUUGAGGUGGUUACAAAGCACAGGAUUUUUGUCUUCCGAGCAGAAAGUGAAGCUCUGAGAAGUGAGUGGUGCAGCGCUAUCCAGAGGAGAGUGAAGGAGCAAUGUAUGAUUACUCCUAGACCGCGAUUUGGUUGCAGUUUAUCCUGUCAGAAAUCUGGCUACCUGGAAACAAAAGGUCAUAAAUCUAAAAUUUUUGCUGUUCUCACCACAGAUGAACUAUGGAUUUAUAAAAAUGAACAGUUCUUUAAAAUGGGUAUAGGAAUGUUUGUGAUUGAAAUGCAUGGCUCCACCAUUCGAGAUGCCAGGAACAAAAGCUUUGAGCUGAUCACCCCACAGAAAAGCUUCAGUUUCACUGCAGAAUCCGAGAGAGAGAAGAAGGAAUGGAUGGAGGCUCUGCUGGAAUGUAUCUCUGAGUCAUUAUCAGAUUACGAAGUAGCAGAGAAGAUCUGGUCCAACAAAGCGAAUAAGUCGUGUGCUGACUGCAAAGCUGGUAACCCGGACUGGGCCUCCAUCAACUUGUGUGUUGUAAUAUGCAAACAAUGUGCAGGUCAGCACAGAAGCCUUGGUACCAACAUCUCCAAAGUACAAAGCCUGAAACUAGACACCAGUAUCUGGAGCAAUGAGGUUGUGCAGUUAUUUAUCAUUCUUGGUAAUGAAAGAGCCAAUCGAUUUUGGGCAGCAAAGCUUCCACAGUCAGAAAUGCUUCAGCCUGAUGAUGGAAUAGAACAAAGACGAGACUUUAUUGCCCAGAAGUACCGUGAUGGCAAAUAUAGAGGGCAGCACCCUCAAUAUAACACUCAGGAGGAGAUGCUUAAGGCACUCUGUACUGCUGUUGCAGGCCCGAACCUGCUGAAAUCUGUGAUGCAGUUUUUCUCAGAUGCAGAAUCUAUAGCGGAUCCACUUGAAAAUUCAGUACAGACAUCUCCAUCUGCUGAUUCCAGGACAGCUAACUGCAGCAUAAACACAGAAGGACAGCCAAUAGAAGAUGAAAACCAGGCCAGAGUAUAUGAUGAGAUCAUGCAGCCAGUGGUGCAUUCUGGGUAUCUGAACAGGACAGCUGUGCAGAGCAAACUGUUUACCACUAAGAAGGCAAAGGAUGAAUUCAACAAACAAUGGUGUAUUUUGGAAAAAUCCUUAAACUUUUAUGAGAGUGACAAACGUGCUGAACUACUGGGAAAGAUUGGGCCAUCUGAAGUUGUUUGUAUGGGCAUUAACAAGAUGGAAGUGUUAAACAGUCCAGCUACUGAUGAAAGGUUUCGCUACACAUUUGAACUUUUUCUGUCUUCAGAGAAAGUUCAUCAGUUUGGAACUGAUGCUGCUGAAACACUUCAGACAUGGACCAGUGCAAUUGGGAAGUGGUUUACCCCGUUAAGUUGCCACUGCUUGUUGGGACAUGAGUUCCAGCGUGUUGGAAGAAUGCGGUACAAGGCAAUGCUUAAUCCUGACCAGUGGAUAGAGGGCUUCUUUUUGCUGAAAAAAUGUCAUCUCUUCAUUUGUCCUGAAAAUCAAGGUGCAGCUGAGGACAGUGUCAAUCUACGUCAACUCCAAGAACUGACUGUAUCACCAAUGACAGAAAAUGCAGAAAAGAAGGAUAUUCUAAUAUUGGUUGAGAAAGGGCGGACUUUGUACCUGCAGGGAGUCACCCGAGCUGACUAUUUAGUUUGGAGCACAGAUAUCCAAGCAGCAGCUUGCAGCAGUGGCAACCUCUUACGGGACCAACAGCUAAGCAGAAAUGACAUCCCCAUUAUCGUAGACAGCUGCAUUGCUUUCCUAACUCAAUAUGGCCUCCGUCAUGAGGGCAUUUACCGCAAAAAUGGGGCAAAGUCGCGGAUAAAGCUGCUUAUGGAUGAAUUCCGGAAGGACGCUCGAAAUGUCAAGCUGCGUAUUAGUGACAACUUUAUUGAGGAUGUCACUGAUGUGUUAAAAAGGUUUUUCAGGGAGUUGGAUGAUCCAAUUUUUACGUUGGAGCUGCACCCACAAUGGAAAGAGGCAGCAGAAAUCAAACAAAAGUCCAAACGUCUGGAGAAAUACAUGGAGCUGAUAAACCGCCUCCCAAGAGUCAACAGAGCCACACUAGCUGCCCUCAUAGGACACCUUUACAGGGUUCAAAAAUGUGCAGACCUCAACCAGAUGUGUACCAAGAACCUUGCCCUUUUGUUCGCUCCCAGCUUAUUUCAGACAGAGGGCAAAGGGGAACAUGAGGUGAAAGUGAUGGAAGAUUUAAUAGACAACUAUGCCAGUGUAUUCAGUAUUGAUGAAGAACAUGUGACACAAAUGGAUUUGGAGAACAGCUUAAUCACUACUUGGAAAGAUGUUCAGCUGUCACAAGCUGGAGAUUUAAUUAUUGAGGUUUACUUGGAAAAGAAACUACCAGACUGCUGUAUUACCCUGAAGGUGUCUCCAAUAAUGACAGCAGAAGAACUAACCAAUCAGGUUCUAGAUUUGAGGAAUGUGGCUCCAAGCACGGAUAUUUGGCUGACCUUUGAAGUGUUUGAAAAUGGUGAACUAGAACGACCUUUGCAUCCAAAAGAAAAGGUCUUAGAACAGGCUCUGCAGUGGUGCAAACUUGCGGAGCCAAGCUCUGCCUACCUGCUUGUUAAGAAGAUUUCCAUCGCUGAGGGAAGCUGCCUCUUCACAGGUACAAAAAGAGAGAGUCCCAAAUGUGGGAUGUUAAAGUGUAGAGAAGACCCCCCUAAACUACUGGGAAGUAAAUUCCAGGACAGAUAUUUUGUCAUCAGAGAUCGCAAACUGCUGCUUCUCAAGGAAAAAAAGAGUUCGAAGCCAGAGCGUGAGUGGCCUCUUGAUAGUGCAAAGGUCUACAUGGGAAUUAGGAAGAAAUUGAAACCACCAUCUCUGUGUGGUUUUACUAUCUACCUUGACAAACAACAGCUGUGUCUAUGCUGUUCAGGACAACCAGAGAUGUGGGACUGGAUCACAAGCAUACUAAAAGCUCAGCAUGAUGAUCUCCGACCUGUAGUUCUGAGACGCCACUCCUCUUCAGAUGUAACCAAGCAAAAGUUUGGCACUAUGCCCCUGGUUCCAAUCCGCGGGGAUGACACUAACGCCACCAUGGUCUCUGCUAACCAACAACUGCGUCGCCUACAUACACGAAGAACUCUGUCAAUGUUCUUUCCAAUGAAAAUGCAUCAGGAUUCAUUUGAGGAACUGCAGGAAAAACAAAUCGAUGAGUUUGAACCUGUAUACGAAGAAGUUGGGAAUUUCAAGGCUGUGACGCAACCAGUAACAGAUUGUAACCUUCCUUUGGAACUGCUUUUGCCUCCUCCUUUAGACAGAGGAAAAAAGCCCUCUCUGAACCAAGAUCAGUUUAAGCAAACACCAACAAUCACAAUUAAGUCGUGCUUUCCUGAAAAGUCAGAAAGGGAUGACUGUAUUAAGACUCAAUCUCUAGACAGAAAUAUUGGUGCAGAAAGUUUGAAGACUAUCCAUAGUGACAGCGCAAAAUCAUCUCCACCUGAUAAGGCAGUUAGUCCUAGCCAUGCUAAAUCUUCAUCUCUUGAAAGGCAGGUGGAACCAAAUCGGACUCAGGCAAGUUCUGCAAGAAGCCAAGGUGUGAAAAGUAUGCUAGACUUAAGUUCAAUGCCACCAUUGUUUUUUGAACCAGGGCCUUCUUCAGAAAUAUCUAAGAAUCCUGUCAGAAAGAAAAACUCACCACUCGGCUCUCAAAUGCAAGAUAGACUUCUUCAGGAGCUAAACACAGUUAUCCUAAAAAAGAAUGAAUCAUCAUCAGGGACAGGACAGCAAGUGACGUGACCAAAUAGACAAUAAUAUGUUCUCUUAAGGAACUCUAUAAGCCCUUUCCUGGAGUCCUAGUCUGCUUUGAUACAAAAUGAAUUUCAGACUGCGAAUUUGUGUGGUGGAAACAUUAAUUCUACUGUGUAAAAGGCUGUUAAGGAGUGUGGACAUUGUAAUUUGUGUUCUGUAUUUUACUACUUUUUUUUCAAGGUUAUGAAGUUUGGUUUGCUAUUUUAGACCCAUGAUGCGGAAUCUUGAACUUUAUAGCAAUUUAAAUUUGCAGUUUCCCUUUUUCAUGUAACAAUUUUGUAGCAAUAUGAAUAGAAAUUGCAAUAUAUUUGUAUUACUUUCCAGGACCAUGAGUUUAAAUUAUUAAUAUUUAAAAUCUGCAGAUCAUAUCUCCAUUGCUUGAGACUUGAUUAGAGAGGGUCAACUUUUGAUAACCAGUAAAAAAGACAUUACUGGAAACUGUAGCUCAACAACUCCUUUUUUAGUUAAUUUAUAAGCCCUACUACAAAAUGUGACAGUAAAAUGCAGACUCCUAAAAUAGUGAUCUAUUUAAAGGCACAUUGGAGUCAACUGUUCUGUAUAAGCAUAGCGUAUGUCAGGAAUUCAGCACUGUAUUGCAAAAGUUCUUUUUAUAAAAUAAAUGUUUUAAAAUAAUUUAUUAACAUUCAUUUUCUGAGCAUAAUUUACAAGAUGUAAAUCAAGGACUUUUUAGGAAUACUCCCUUUCAUAAAGCAGUUGGAAUUCAUGUUUCUGCUCUCCUUCGUGUGUGCUUUGAUCCAAGCAGUCACUGUGUAGAAUGCUUUGCGAAAUAUGAAGUUACCAUACUUGAAGGAGAGAAAUAAGCAGUUUUUCAAAGGCAUUUUACAUCAAGAAGAGGGAAAAUAAAAUGUGUAUUAUACAGACAGCAAUAUUGUUUGAUUUUCCUUGAUUAAAUAUUAAAGGGCUAGAUUACCAGUGGAGUGCUCUCAUGUUAAAUCAAUAGUGUUCCUAUGUUUUUGCUGGUAUUACAAAUUGAAAGUAAAAGGUAAGUAAUAGUUUUAUAUGAGUUUUGUGGUAAUUUGAUUGCAGCCCUAACACUUUUCCUCAGGUCUCAAUUAGUGCUAAGAUUUUAGCUCUAUUAUGUGUUGCAUUUGAGCGCAUAACUUUCAUCUUGCAAUAUGAGUCACCUUGGUGCUCCAAAAGUUUUGGAACUACAUUUGCUAUUAUUUGUUGCUUAGCCAGCAUUUCCCAGAUGUUCAGACAUUUUAAGCUGGCUGAGCAUCAUGGGGAAUGUAGUUCCUAAACCUCUGGAGCACCAAGGUUGAGCACCGCUAAUUUAUAGUAUAGAGCGCACCAAAGGGAUUUUCACUGUGCUAAGCAUUUGCUGGUUAUUCUUCCUUACCACUGACUUGUAAUAUCAAUUUUGGCGCUAAUGUUAGCAUAGUCCAGCAAUAAUGAUAGAGCACCCUACCUAAAUAGGGAGAUUAAUGUCCCUUUAAUUUUGCAGUACUAUAACAUUAUAUUUAAUAGUAGCAAUGGAAGGUUAUAUACUGAUAAUCAUAAUAUAGUACAAAUUGUAAACAACGAUUCCUAAUGCAGCUGUGUUUACAAACUAUCAGAAAGUAAAACAAAAUGGCUGGGAUAAUCUUAGAAAUAAUUUAUGAGAAAAUAUUUAAUUUAGGAGCAAGGAACCAAAAGGUGUUUCUCCCUAAAAAAAUAAAAAAAAGGAAAUACCUCAUCAAUAUACUUUGUACAACGUUUCAAUAAAUCUGUCCUGUUUUCUCUGUG